UCGGCUAGGAUCGGACUUUAGUCGUACGCUGGUCUGUCGGUCGAUGUUCAUUGAUUAAUUUUGCCACAUAUUUGAAUUGUGUUUCCUUUCGUUUAAUUAGCCCAAAACCUUCGCCUUUUGUGAAUCAAAAAAAGGGAAUGGCAUCAGCUGGCAGAAUGGGUCGAAUUGUGCACGUCUUUUCCGAAAUUGAGAAUAUUUUAGUAGAGUUGAACCGUGCAUGUCCCACAGUGGAGUUCGUGCAAGUUGAUUCCUCCGGUGCAAGGAAUGAAGUUAUCAGUAAACUUGAAAAAGCAGAAGUGUUGUUGGGUGACAGCCACAUCCUCUCAGACUAUCCAAAUUAUUUACCAAAUCUGAAAUGGCUGCAGUUGACAUUUGCCGGUGUUGAUGCAGUAAUAAAGAGUUUGGCAGCACCACCAAAGUUCAUUAUUACCCGAUUUGGUGGAGUGUUGGGUCAUUACAUGGCUGAGUAUGUCAUUGGACAAGUUAUAGCAAGAGAAAAAGACUUUCUAUUGAUGGCUAGAAAUCAAGAAAAAAGAAUUUGGCUACAGAAUGUGUCAUGCCGAUCUCUUCAUGGGCUUAAUCUUGGAAUUCUUGGCAUUGGGGAAAUUGGCAAGGAGUUAGCUAGAGUUGCUAAGACGUUUGGCAUGAUAACAUGGGGCAUGGGUCGAACACCCCGGAAUACUCCCCCAGCCAAUGUGGAUAAGUAUAUAACACCCAACAGUCUAGAGGAUCUGCUUUGUUCCUGCCAUUACAUUUGCAACAUUCUCCCUAGCACACCUAGCACAAGAUACCUGCUUUCUGGUGAUGUGCUUAAAAAGUGUAUGAACAACAAGCCAGUAUUUAUAAAUGUUGGACGUGGAGAUGUUAUUGAUGAGAAAAGCUUAGUUCAUGCUCUCAAAGAACACUGGUUGUCUGGUGCCAUUCUGGAUGUGUUUGAAAAGGAACCAUUGUCCCAGGACAGCGAACUCUGGGGGAUGGACAAUGUUGUGAUAACCCCGCAUGUGUCUGGAUGGUCAUUUGCUGAUCAGACAGCAAGGGUGUUUGCAGACAACCUGGAAUUGUAUGAAGCCAAGAAACGUAUGAACUAUAUUGUGGACUAUUCCAGAGGCUACUAAAUAAAUCUAUUACAGAAAAAGAUAAAGGCAAAUAUAGGCGGCAGAAGGGGUAGCGCCAGCCCCCCCCCCCCCCCCCACUCUGGAAAGUGAGCGGAUGUUUCUUUAGAUAUAUGAACAUUUUUUAAACCAACGGGUUUCAAGUGCUAUAUAUGCAACCGACAACAAAUUUGUUGAACAGUUUAAAAUCCCUGUUCUUAUAAAUAGGAUUUGGAACCACCACCCACCCCACCCCCUGAAACCACCAACCACCCCUCCCCCCAACUUUUGCCCCCCCCCCCACCCUUCCACUUAUGAGACCACUCCGCCGCCCCUGAAAAGAGAGAUGGACACACUGGGCUUUUGUUUUAUAAUGGUAGGACGAAAUUGCUAUAGAAAAUGAAUGAGUUUUAGAAGUACCAAAAUCUAUUGGCUUUUAUCAGAUUAAAAGAUCUAUUGGAUAGGUUGGGGUACUCCCAUAACAAAAGAAGGAAGUGAUCGUCAGAAAAAUCAAUUUUUACUCUAAGGGAUAGCUUUGUGUGUGUGGUGAACAGCAUUUAUAAGAGAAAGAUCAUUGGUUGUGGUAGAAGCUUUUUUUCUAAAAGAUAGGACUAAAAAGGCUAUUUGAAAUAUUCUGUGGGUGGAUGUAUGUGAACAACAAAAUUCAAGGUGUUACUGGGAUCAGAGAUAAACAUUUUUAAUUAUGCAAAUAUGUGUUUCUUAUGACAGCUGAUCUUCAAAAGUCCACCACAAAUGACAUUUCGCCAAUCUUUGAAAAGUAACAUGCCUCAUGAUUUAUUCACUUUCAACAUAUCUUCCAUACUUGAUAUUAUGCUUUGCCAGCAGCCCACUUGAACAGUCUAACACACCUGCUAUUCCACAUAAUUAAAAAGUAGAAUAUAUGAUGAGAAUAUUGGAACCUUCUUUAAGAUCAGCUUCCAGCUGUAUGCUAGUCUUUAAAGUACAUAAGUAAAUUGUGAAUUUAUAAUAUAUAAAUGCUACAGAACCAAUGGUACGGCAAAUUAAAAUACAAUUGAAUAACUCUA